AUGCCGGAACUUAAGGUAACCCCUUUAGGCGCUGGUCAAGAUGUCGGUAGAAGUUGUAUUUUGUUAUCCAUGGGUGGAAAAAAUAUUAUGCUUGAUUGCGGAAUGCAUAUGGGAUACAACGAUGAACGCAGAUUUCCUGACUUUACCUACAUUACCUCUGAGGGACCUUUAACACCAUACAUUGAUUGCGUUAUUAUAUCCCAUUUCCACCUAGAUCACUGUGGGGCUCUGCCAUACAUGUCUGAAAUGGUGGGAUACAGUGGGCCUAUCUACAUGACUCACCCCACCAAAGCCAUAGCACCCAUUUUACUAGAAGAUAUGAGGAAAGUUUCAGUAGAGAAAAAAGGAGAUCAAAACUUCUUUACUUCACAGAUGAUCAAGGAUUGUAUGAAAAAAGUUGUCGCUGUAACAUUACAUCAGUCUGUGAUGGUGGAUAAUGAUUUAGAAAUUAAAGCUUACUAUGCCGGUCAUGUUUUAGGAGCAGCAAUGUUUUGGAUUAAGGUAGGAUCACAGUCUGUUGUUUACACUGGAGAUUAUAACAUGACCCCAGACAGGCAUCUGGGGGCUGCUUGGAUAGACAAAUGCAGACCAGAUUUGCUAAUUUCUGAAGCCACAUAUGCCACAACAAUACGAGAUUCAAAAAGGUGCAGAGAGAAGGAUUUUUUGAAAAAAGUACAUGAAUGUAUAGACAGAGGUGGCAAAGUAUUGAUACCAGUUUUUGCUCUGGGAAGAGCACAAGAACUAUGUAUUUUACUGGAAACAUACUGGGAAAGAAUGAACUUGAAGGCCCCAAUAUAUUUUGCACUGGGUCUCACAGAGAAAGCAAAUAAUUAUUACAAAAUGUUUAUCACGUGGACCAAUCAAAAAAUCAGAAAAACAUUUGUUCAGAGGAAUAUGUUUGAUUUUAAACACAUCAAGCCGUUUGAUAAACAGUAUAUUGAUAAUCCUGGUCCUAUGGUUGUUUUUGCGACACCCGGUAUGUUGCACGCUGGUCUCAGCCUGCUCAUUUUCAAAAAAUGGGCUCCAAACGAAAAUAAUAUGAUUAUUAUGCCAGGUUUUUGUGUACAGGGCACUGUAGGCCACAAAAUUUUAAACGGCGCUAAAAAAAUCGAAUUUGAAAACAGACAAGUAGUAGAGGUAAAAAUGUCAGUGGAAUAUAUGAGUUUUUCAGCUCACGCAGAUGCAAAAGGAAUAAUGCAGCUUAUACAGUACUGUGAACCAAGAAAUGUAAUGCUGGUGCAUGGAGAAGCUGAAAAAAUAGCAUUUUUAAAGGAGAAAAUUCAGCAAGAGUUUAGUAUAUCGUGUUAUAACCCGGCAAACGGUGAAACGAACAUUAUACAGACCCCAGUGAAGAUUCCAAUAGACGUUUCACUGCCUCUUCUCAAAUCGGAAGCUAAAAAAUUUAAUGCUUUGCCUCCUGAUCCCAAAAGAAGGCGAAUAUUGCACGGAGUUCUGGUUAUGAAGGACAGUAACAUAUGUUUGAUGGAUGUGGACGAUGCUUGCAAAGAAGCUGGGAUAAACAGGCAUGUUAUAAGGUUCACCUCAACAGUUGCUAUUAAUGACACAGGUCCAAGCCUAUCCACCGCUCACAAACUCCAUUCUUUAUUAAAAGAAAAACUACCCCAGUGGGCUGUGACCUUCUCAGAGGGAGAGAUAUCAGUCGAAUCAGUGUUGGUGAAGGUCGAAGGUGAAGACUCAGAGCAACAAAAAACUGUCUAUGUUUCUUGGACGAAUCAGGAUGAAGAUUUGGGCAGUUUCAUUCUGGGUUUGAUCAGCAGCAUGGGCCAGUAAACUUGGAAACCUUUUGAUUAGCAAUCGUUCGUCAAAAGGUUUUUGAUCAGCAAUCGUUUGAUCUACGUAAGGUGAUGUAUGAACUAAUAUAUUUUUUGUUCUUUACAGUGUAAUGAAAAAAAAAUAUGAUGCUAAAAUUUGUAAUUUUUCCCAGUAUUUUGAGGUGUAGACAUAAAUAUUGGUGUUGUACAGAGUGUCCCAAAUUCAAGCUUUGAAGUAAAAAAAAAUAUGUAAAAAUGAAAUCCGAAUAUUUUUUUUCAAAAAUCUUUGGAGGUAUAUCGAAUUUUUAAACUUUUAAGGUGGCAUUUUGAUCAGCAUUAAAUUUCGCAUCUUUGUCUCCAUAGUCCAUUUAACGGACAUCGUAUCUCUUGUAGUUUUCAAAAUACCAAUAAUGGGGCGCCCUAUACAUUUGAACUACUAUUGUUAAAACGUUUUACAAAUAUUACUUAAUAAUUUAAACUAAUUACUUUUUAUAAACUAAGGAACACAAAUAUUUAAACCAAGUAUUUUUAUUGAAUUUCCUAAUGUAUGAUUAAAUAACUUUAAAAUAGAUUAAUACUACACACCAACGUAGAUACUAUAAGUUUUUUCAU